AUGUCGUGCGGUGUUGCGCUCGAACGCACUGUAUCAGACCAGGUACUGGCAGUCUUGCGCCGCGUACGUCCACAUCAGUCUGUCCCCGGGCGCGACAUUGAGCGCAUCGUAGCGAGCCUGUCUGGUGACAGAAUCCAGUACACGCACACGGGAUCCGCUUCGUUGUUCGAUCUCGGCCGCGCUCAGUCCAUCAUCCUCGCGUCUCAGAGCAUUCCGUUCAGGUCCCGCUUUCAUCGUGUCGCGUCAUAUGUCGUCCAAUUCGACAUCCAUACCACGGGCGACCCAGUUGCUGUGCUGGCGCUGUUCUUAGUUUGGUUCAAGCGAGUCUAUUGUGCCGACCUCCCAUCUAAUCGUGAGGGCGUGGUCCGCAUUGGUUAUAUUCUCGUCGACCACGGCGUAAUCGGCGUACUGCUAUGCGAUGCCUCAGUUGACGUUUUCAUGGAUAUCAGCGGCAAUGGGAUGGUAAACCUGACAAACGUGGUCAAUACAUCUAGGCUGUUCGUUAUAUGGAGCUCCGAUGCAAAUAUGUCACAAGGCGACGUGGAGCGUUCGGUCCGACAGAUGAGACGAUUGCUACGUCCGUUAGGACUAGACACCCAUGGCGCGCCUGAUGUUUCAAGGGCGUAGGACGUUCUCACCGGGGAGAUAUUUACCAAGGGAGCAUGAAGGUUAUUAUAUCAGUUGACC